GCUACAUCUCUAUCAUUUACCUAACGAGUUACUACAUCUGCAAAGCCUCUUUAAUAUACUAGGCCCACUAGCUUCAACGCCUGCUACGUGUCUAUCAGCUUGUUAGGUUCAGGAACCACCUUCUACGCAAGCGGCAGCAGCAGCGCAGCGCUGCAGUCUCGGCUCUAAGCUGCUAUGCCCUCUACGGUUGUAAUACCGAGCAGUAGCCGUCGCACGCGUCGCGUUGUCGUAGACAAGGUCCAUUCGGUUAUCUGCAAUCGCGUUAAAGAUGGCGACGAACAGUAUCUUGUCCGAUGGCAAACCGAGGAGAGCACGCUAAACCCUCCAUUGAGUUGGCAUCCUAUCCAAGAACUGCAACAUUGUUUGGAACAUGUCCAAGACUAUCUAGAAAAGCGAGAGAAGUCCAAGGACUCCUCGUUAGGAUUCAAAGUGCUCUCUAAGAAGCGGAAGAGCCCAGAUGCUGGUGUGGAGAUCGAACGUCGACCUUCUCCACACGAUCGGCGGUUACAACAGGAUACUGUGAUGCCUUCUACUUCUCGAUCGUCAUCAGCAUCGUCAAGCAGGCCGCCUCCGCAAGCUCUCUCCUAUGAUGUUUACAACGGAAUUUUAGAUGCGGAUGAACAUGGGUUCAUGUUUUGUCGAAGUGCAUCUGGGCCAAACAUCGCCUCUAUCUCUGUGCCAGAUAUCCUGACCUUCGAUAUGAAACACACUGCACAUCAGUCAGGCGUCGAAACUGCUUACUUGCUUAUACGAGCCGCAUACGUGAGGAGACUAGAGAAGGUUCCCGGUGCUCGUAUCGAGCUGUUCAACACUGUCGAUGCCACGACGCCAUCACUGCGUUUCCGUUACAUCCCACACUACGUGCUAACCAAGGGUGUUUACCAAUUCGACCCCGCUACUACUACGGGUUGUCAGCGAUGCUCUCCACACAUGGGUCAAGGCAUCGGUUGUGAAUACACGAAAAGGUGUGACUGCUUAGAGUAUGCAGCGGUCGACGAAGCACGUUUAAACAACGAACAACGGCAGGAAUACGAGCAAUGCAAAGAGAAAAAUCUAUCGACAAUAGGACUUCCCAAGAAGUUCCCAUAUUACACCAAAGGGACUAAAGUCCAGCGUACUGGGGCUCUGGUGUCCUUUUAUCUCGACUCUCGUAGACCUAUCUACGAAUGUAACGACAAUUGUCGAUGCGGACCAAAGUGUCGCAACAGAAUGGUCCAAUUUGGUCGCAAGGUCGAGGUUCAGAUAUUCAAAACUCCAAGUGGCAGAGGAUGGGGCUUGUGCUGUAAGGAAGACCUUCACCAAGGACAAUUCAUUGAUACGUAUCGUGGCGAGGUCAUUACUGAUGAAGAGGCCACCCGUCGGGAAGAUACGUCGUCUAAAGCAAAGGCAUCCUACCUCUACAACCUCGACAAAUUCGCUGAAACCGAAGUACUGGACCAUGAACCAUACGUUGUCGAUGGAGAAUUCAUGGGCGGCCCAUCCAAGUUUAUGAACCAUUCUUGCCAACCAAACUGUAGACAGUACACGGUCAGCUAUAACAAGCAUGAUCCGUACAUUUACGACAUCGCUUUCUUUGCCUGCCGGGACAUUCCGGCCAUGGAGGAAUUGACAUUCGACUACCUCGAUAAAGAGGAGGGGGAUGAGAUGGACGACCCAGGCGAGGGCGCCAUUCCGUGUCUUUGUGGCGCUCCGAAGUGCCGUAAAUGGUUGUGGACUUGACGGACAUUUGCGUCAGACUCAGGUGGUUUGGCUGAGCUACCGUAACAGAUCUCUGUUGGGAGUGAGCGUGGUUCGCGAAUCCUGAUAGAUUUUCAGCAUCUCUUGGAGAUCCAGUGGACUUUCAAGUUGGGCUCUUAUUGCGAGCGGUUCACGAGCAUUCUAGUGGGCAUUUGCAUCAAGCAAUUUCAUGCUUCAGCACUAAUCAGAUUUGAUAAUUGCUUCUAGCUCUUCUACCCUUUCAUAUCAAUCUGAAUGAUUUGCAUCACAACAUCCUGCUAUCUCUUUCAUAGUCUAACCGCAAUCAAAUGAUAGCAUUUUUCAGUGUCAGAUUGUUCCUUCGAGAAAUCUCCGCAAGAGCACAUCAGGGGUGAGAACAAAGUGUCAGCAC